CUGAUGGGUGAUCCAGUGGUGAUGGUGAGUCUGUACCCUGAGUUCUCCCAGUCUGUGAUGUCUUCAGUGGCUUCAUGUGGAGAGUUUGUGUUCUUAAUGGAUCGAUCUGGAAGUAUGAGUAAUACUCGGAUCCGCAGUGCCAAGGAUACUCUACUGCUCCUGUUGAAGAGCUUACCAAUGGGAUGCUAUUUUAACAUCUAUGGUUUUGGGUCCAGAUAUGAACACAUCUUCCCUAAGAGUGUGGAGUACACUCAGCAGACCAUGGAAGAGGCCCUGAAGAGCGUUGAGCAGAUCCAGGCUAAUCUUGGAGGAACAGCGAUCCUGGAGCCCCUCAAACAUAUUUACACUCAGCCUUGCAUUCCCAGUCAGCCUAGACAGCUGUUUGUCUUUACUGAUGGAGAGGUGGGAAACACCAAAGAAGUGAUAGAUCUGGUGAAGAGGAACUCAGAUUCCCACAGGUGUUUCUCUUUUGGGAUUGGGGAAGGGGCCAGCUCUGCUCUCAUCAAUGGGAUGGCAAAGGAAGGAGGAGGUCAUGCUCAGUUCAUCACAGGGACUGACAGGAUGCAAGCAAAAGUGAUGCAGUCGCUGCAAUUUUCUUUGCAGCCGACUGUGGUCGACAUCUCAGUCACAUGGGAUUUACCAAAGGAAGUGUCUGUCACUGUCCUCUCUCCACCAAUCACUGCACUUUUCCAGGGUCAAAGGUCACUGAUUUAUGCCCAGCUUACUGGACAGAGCUCAGAGGCAGCAGAGGGCUGUGUGACGGUGAAGUACAGCCUGGCAGGUCAUCCCUCUGAGAGCCAGCUGCACUUCAGUUUCAGACCUGCAGAGGACACUGGAUUAACAGUCCACAGGUUGGGUGCUCGUACUCUGAUUCGCUCACUGGAGUUGGAGGAGAGAGAGAGUAGAGGACAGCAAGAUGGAGAAGUGAAGAAAAAGUUGGUGCGGCUCAGUGUCCAAUCAGGAGUGAGCAGUUCUUUCACUGCCUUCAUUGCUGUCAACAAAGACAACAGCAGGGUGAUCCAAGGACCUCUUGUGCGCAGAAAUAUUCCGACACCCAUGACACUAAGAUUUGGAUCAGUAUUGCAUGGUCAUCCUAUAAGAAGAGGUAAGUACAAAGCAGAGUUAUUGGCGUUGGAAGGUACGUGUGUGCAUGGACGUUUGCUGCAUCCCUGUUACGCGAAAAAGGCGCACGGUGGACAAAGGCUUUCUUACCCAACUCUGUGCGGACAAGGGGAACAGACAGCAGCAGCUGAUCAUUUGAACGCAAGGAUUGUGUUGCCCAAGCAACUACCCAGAGACCCUUUCAUGCACUUAGUCUCCCUCCAGAAGGCGUCUGGUUCCUGGCUGCUUGAUCCAGAUCUGGCUACUGCACUGGGAAAGACCAGUGAGCAGGUGGAAAAGAUCAAACCCAGAACGGCCAACAGUGAAGUGUGGGCCACCAUUCUGGCUCUGGUCUGGCUUCAUGCUUUCAAGGUGGAUGCAAAGGAUGAGUGGGAGUUUCUGGCUAUGAAGGCUGCCUCAUGGAUCCAUGCUCAAAAUGCGCCAUGUGUGUCAGAGUGUGUGGAAUCUGGAAAUGUCCUGUUGGGUUGCAGCAUAAAGAAAGAAGAUCUGGGACUCUAGGUUUUCUCGAAGUGGAUUCACCUUCAGGAUUGGCAAAUCAUGCCAUAUGGCUUUUAAUUCAUUAUUGUGCUAUUUACCCUACUGUAAUUGUUAUGUAAUCAGAAUCGUUUCAAAAAACAAGCAGUUAUUAUGGCAACUCAUUUAAAUUGUAUGUUUUUAUUCCUGUUUUCCAUCACCAUAUGGUGAUGUUGUUCAUAAUUUGUUACUUUUUACUUGUUUUUAUACAUUCCACUUCAUGUUGUUCUUCUGAAAAAGGUUCUAAUUCAAAAUGCUUGUGUUACAGUCCCAAAUCAAAGUUAACUUUUUAUGCCUCUAGACAAAGUCCUAAUUUUAUCUUAUAGUGGAGUGAAUGUUUUAUUUACAGGAUUUGUCAUAGUUUGUAAUCAGGUUUAUCUGUCUGCUUAAUGUUUAGA